AUGGCUAGUGCAAAUCCUAAGACACUGUUUGAUAUCCCAAUAGAAGAUAUUCUUGUAGAUAAUGUAGGGCAGUAUCUGAGAUUGAAGGACAUUUACAAUCUCCGGAUGUGUUCAAAAGACUGCGAAAUCAUAGCGGACUCAAUGGCAGCAGCAAAAUCAUUCCUUCGCGUUCCUUUUGAUUUUCCAUGCUGCGAGAGAAAGCCACCAUCAGGGGACGUUCUGUCCUGGAUUCUUCAGAACUGUCGACGUUUGAAGACAAUUGAAUUGGGCUUAUCGAUCAAUUGGUGGAGAUUGAAAAUGAAUUGGCUGAAGGAUUUCAUCUCUGAACUUCUAAUCAAUAAUCCUCAACUGGAGUCCUUCUCAUCUUUUUCUUACAAAACCUUAAGCACUGAAUUGGUUCUUCCGCUUGCGACCCAUUGCAAGAAACUCAAACAAUUGUCCUUACAUGGCUAUGAUUUCCACGGAGACUUCCUGUGUAAAUUAGCUGAGCAUAACAAUCAACUUCGCGAAGUGGACUUUAGUUGGUCAAUUUUACCCUCUGACGAUGAUUUCCCGGACUUUUUCAAGAAGCAGCCUCAUUUGGAAUACAUUGAUCUAAAAGGUAUAUGUAUAACACGUCUAAAUGCCACAUUACUAACUACAAUCGGAAAUGGUUGUCCGAAAGUGAAGACCUUAAACAUCCAGCAUGUGGAGGGAGGAGUGAACAAGGCUAAGCUCAAGGAAAUCAAGGAAAAAUGUCCAAAGAUAUUGACUAUACUUUUUGAAGCUCCGUAUCCUUCUGAAUCCUCUGAAUCUGAUUAUAGUGAUUACUUUUACAGCGAUUAUAGUGAUUAGUAUUUUUUAAUUUUAGCUUUU